CCCAAAUCAAAGUCAAAAUGAUUUUGACCACCUGCGCCGCCUGCGCCAAGCCUAUAGAGCACGACGCCUCGUCGAGAUGCGUGGCCUGCGAAACGAGAUACUGCAGUGACCGCUGUUUACGUUACCACGCGCACCGCGGCGGCCACGACGACGAGUGUGCGGAGAUCGCAAGCGGCGGCGGCGCCGAACAACACCACGCCGGCAAGAAAUACGAGGAGGCCGUCUCGGACGCGGUCGAGGAGUGUGCGGAGGACACGGAAGGCCAGACGUGCUUUAUUUGUAUGGACGGCGACGCGGAGGAGGGCCUCGUGCGCGGCUGCUCGUGCCGCGGGGCGUCCGGUUUCGUGCACGUGUCGUGCUUGGCGCGGCAAGCGAAGAUUUUGGUCGAGGAGGCCGACGAGAGGGAUUUGGAUGAUAACCAGUGGCAUCGGUGGUACAAGUGUAGCCUGUGCGAGCAACAGUACCAUGGUGUCGUGCGGAGUGCGCUCAGUUGGGCGUGCUGGAAAACGUAUUUGGGCCGACCGGAGGCGGACUGGGCUCGGACUUGCGCGAUGACACAGCUUGGGAACGCUUUACACGAUGCAAAACACUACGAGGAGGCAUUGUCCGUGAAAGAGGCUGUGUUGUCUAUGCAGCAGCGCCUUGGCGCGUCAGAAAAAAACGUGCUCAUCACGCAGGGCAAUCUUGCGUGUACGUAUGAAUUAGUUGGACGGCUUGAAGAGGCCCUGAGCAUGGAACGAGACGUAUACUCUGGACGGUUGAGGCUCAAUGGCGAAGAACAUAUCCACACCCUCAUGGCAGCCAACAACUACGCGAAUGGCCUUCUUACUCUACAGCGCUACGCAGAAGCAAAGGCGCUGAUGCGCAAAACGAUACCCCUGGCGCGCCGCGUCCUUGGUGAAAGUGACACACUCAAUUUCAAGAUGAGGAAGAUUUGCGCGACGGCGCUCUACGAGGACCCCGCCGCCACGCGCGGCGAUCUCCGCGAGGCCACGACGACGCUCGAGGAUUUAGAACGGACUACGCGGCGCGUGCUCGGUGGCGCGCACCCGCUUGUACUGGCGAUUGAACGAAAUCUCGACGAGUCGCGAGACGCGCUCUACGCCCGCGGGCUGCCCUGAGUAACUACUUCGGUACUAU